CCGCCCCUCGUAAUCCAACUUCUUCAUCAAAUCCACUGUGAAAAUUGCAUCUCAUCGGCAUCAUACCACAAAGAAUAACCGAAGUCAAAAUGGCUAGGACAUUAUCGGCAGAAGAGAUCCAGAUCCUGAGGGAGGAGUUCAAUCAGUAUGACAUCGAUAAAGCGGGAAGUAUCACAGUUGAGGAGUUUGGGAAAGUGAUGAAAGCAUCUGGUCAUAAUGCCACAGAUGCCGAAAUCGCCCAAAUAAUUAAGGACGUUGAUCUAAAUGGUGACGGCACGAUAAAUUUCAACGAGUUCAUCGCUAUGAUGACUGGCAGAAUCAAACCUGCCGCAGCCGUUGACACGGAGGCUGAUUAUAGAGCUGCGUGGAAAGAAUUCGAUCCAUCAUUCAAUGGCUCGAUUACAGCUUCCCAACUCCGGCAGAUCAUGGCCGGUUUGGGAGAGGUGGCUACGGAUGUGGAGGUCGAUGGGUUGAUGAACUCUGUGGAUGGGGAUCAGAAGAUCAGCUAUAGGGAGUUUGUUGAGUUUGCGAAGAGAAAAUCGGGGGAUGUAUAGUGUAUAGGUAGUGUCAACACCUCGUCAAACCAACUUUAAGGUGAAUAGUAGGUAAUGCGAAGGUUGAGCACAUGGAGUAUAAUCAAAUAGUGGUACUUUCAAUAGGGGAAGGACGCCUCAUGUAGAGCGUCUCAAAGUUUAGGACUUCUGAAAAAUGCUAAGCAAUUACAGCAUUCUAUGUGCAUAUUGAAAUAGAGUAGAAAGAACUGCUUACUCGGCUGCCUG